CUAGGAGGAGAAGCACCUUGCAUAUGUGAAUGCUUGGAAUGGUCGAGGCAACAACAUAGUUUAUGGUGGCCCUGUUCACCGUGAGGCCCAGUUCAAUAUAUAUUUGGACUGGUUGAAGCAAAACACACGGCUAAAGCUCAAGGCUGCAUUGGACGAUACCCACAUCGAGAAUCUACCUUCGAACCCCGAAGAUGUCUUUGCCGAAUAUGAUGCUCACACGAGAAUGGGUACGCAGCCCGAGCGAGGACCCUUUGAAGACUACAUUGGGCAGCAACUUAGUCGUUUUGAUAACGAGGCGGGACAAGCGUUGAGGGUGCCAAUAGGAUCUCCGGAUGAGGCCACCGUGCUGAGGGGAUUCUUACAGAGGUUUAGACGGGGUUGCCAAAAAAUGGCAUUCAAACUGAACUGCAUAGCGGGACAAGGACAACCAGCGGCCGAUGAUGGUGAACCUUCCGGGUCACGCCAUCGCGGUACAAGAAGCACGAGUACUUCAUUGGGCACCUCAUCUACCGGAGGACGUCGCAGCCGAUCCGGUGCUCUCAGUAUUGGAACCCCUCGUAGGAGGGGCAAGGAGAGACCCCCUCAAGACAUCGUCAGUGAGGAGUCUGAGGAGACAUCAAGCUCAGAUGGUGAAGAUCCUGACUACGGCCAUGAUGAGAUUGGCUUCUCACAGAUUCCGGACGCUCCAGAGCCCACCUAUGCAGUUGACUCAUACAAUACUCCACGUGCAGACGCUGCACCUGCAUUCCCAGAGCAUGAGAUUGCUAAGGCUUCUAUUUUCCUGAGGCACAAUAUCCACAAAGACCUCAAGCAGGAGUAUCUUGAGGUGUGUGACUCGCUCACGCUGUGGCAAGCGCUUGAGGAGCGCUUUGGCAAGCAAAAGACUGUGGUCCUUCCACAGGCCAGGCGUGAUUGGGGACAACUGCGCUUUCUCGACUUCAAGUCAGUGCAGGCCUACAACUCUGCACUUCACCGUAUUGUUGGCCAGCUUCGCUUCUGUGGGCAGAGAGUCACAGAUGCCGAGAGGAUUGAAAAAAACUCUUGA